AUGAUUCCUCGUCCUUAUAUAGGUUUUGGAAUCAUUCACUGCGGUGAGACGAAAACACCACUUACUUUCGCGGACGAAAAAUCGUUUGUGUUCCGCACCAUACAGCAACUCGGUACUGAUGUUUCAAAUUGGAACAUCAGUACCGAGGCCCAUCUGAAAAUAAUGGAAGUUUGUUGCUUGUCGCUUGUUCAGAAUUAUUUAAGGAACAAUCUUUCACCAUCUUAUCUUCUUGUUCCUAAAAAGACUGAGGCGAGCGAAACACACAGAACAAAGGCAGCAACAGAAAAACAACAUGAUCUCUGGUGUUACAAAUGUGAUAACAUGGCCGACGGUGAACGAUGUCUUGACCUUCAAGGAAAUUAUUCUUCUUUGCAUACCAAAUGCAAUAAAGAGCAGAAAAAAUGUCAACGAUUUACAACAGAAAAUUCUAAAAAUUUAAAAGAAUAUCUGGAACAAAAGAUUAUAGAUAAUGUCAAUGAAUUAGAUGAGAAAAUGGAGCAGAAAUUUGACGUCGCUAGCAUGAAAUUUGAAGAGAAGAAUGGAAUUAGAAAUAAAUUGACAGCUGUUAAUUUACCCAUGAUGCUGGCGACACAAGGAACAGUACCGGAGGGGAGCCGAGUUCGAAUGAAACCACCUCAGUUCGAUGAAAAAACUUCUUGGACCAGUUACAUCCGUCAGUUUGAGGCAGCAGCAAAAGCAAAUGGCUCGGUCCAGAAGAGGAGGCUACAGCAUGGACUCUUGCUUUACGAGGAGACCCAAAGAACAUGUGUACCGUUUCCAACUAAAGAAUCGCUGCCAGAAAUCAAACGAGACUAG